AUGGCGGAGGGUCAUAAGAGAGAAAAUGUCUACGAAGUGUAUGAGAAGAAAAGAAAGAGAGCACAGCGUUCUGCAGGUGACAUUAUGAUAAGGAACAUCCAACUAAGCCAUGCUGGGAAAUACACCUGUGCAGUUCAGACCAAGGUGGACAGUGUGUCAAUUGCUACAGAUGUGGUUGUUAGAGGUCCUCCAGACCCACCAUUAGAUUGUCAGGUGAAUGAGAUGACUGAGACCACUGCGUCUCUGUCUUGGAGGCCUGGAUUGGACAACCACAGCCCCAUCCUCAGCUACACUAUCCAGGCCAGAACACCCUUCUCCCUCGGAUGGCAAACUGUUACCAAUGUCCGAGAAAUUUUAAAGGGGAAAGAGCUCUCAGCCACUGUGACUGAUUUAAGUCCCUGGGUUGACUAUGAGUUCAGAGUUUUGGCAACCAACAGUGUUGGAACAGGAGAGCCCAGCAAACCCUCAAAGAAGACCCGCACCAAAGAAAUGCUGCCUAGAGUGACUCCAGCGAGGGUAAGCGGUGGUGGUGGAGGACGAUCGGAGCUUGUCAUCACGUGGGAACCCGUUCCAGAGGAAAUGCAGAGCGGGCCAGGCUUUGGUUACGUGGUGGCUUUCCGCCCUCUCGGAGCACAAGGCUGGAUGCAGGCAGCCGUCACAUCCCCUGAUGCUUCAAGAUACGUUUUUAAGAAUGAAAGCAUCCCUCCCUUCUCCCCUUAUCAAGUCAAAGUUGGGGUUUACAACAAUAAGGGCGAAGGGCCUUUUAGUCCUGUUACUACCAUCUACUCAGCAGAAGAAGAACCCAGCAGAGCUCCAGUCAAGCUAAGGGCGAGGAGUGUUUCAGCAUCUGAAGUCGAGGUCACCUGGAAGCCGCUGGCGUGGAGCAACAGCCGAAGACGUAUCCUUGGCUAUGAGCUGCUGUACUGGAGAGAGAAGGAAAAGCCGGAUGCAGCCAGUGUGGUCAGAACAGAGGGGAAUAAAACAUCAGUACUCAUCAGGGAUCUGGAGGGCAGCAGUACCUAUUACAUGUCCCUGCGGGCCUAUAACAGCGCUGGAGUGGGUCCACAGAGCUACAUAGUCAAUGUCACGACCAAGAAACCACCUCCCAGUAAAGCCCCAGGUAGAAUAAUGUGGGGUACUUCCAACUCUAAAGUCAUUCUGAGUUGGGACCAGGUCCACGCCCUGGAGAAUGAGUCUGAAGUCACAGGAUACAAGGUGAUGUACAGCAAGGACAAACACAGCCACCCUAGCGUGGUGGAGACCAACAACACCUCCUUGGAGUUAUCACUGCCAACCAACCAAGAGUAUGUGAUCCAGAUUAAACCUUUCAGCGAGGGAGGGGAGGGCAUAAGCAGCGACCAGAUUACCAUACGCAAACAUAAAGAUUCAAUAACCAUGGGAGCAGCCCCGGCGUCUUUGGGAUUUUCAGUGGUCAGCCUUGCAGCUGCUAUUCUCACAGGUAGAAUUCUGCUAUGACAAACAUCUAGAAAAUACAGCUUCUUAUUCAAAGGGAAGGGACAGCAGGUCAGAGACUACACAAGGCCUACGGCCUCAUUUCCUCUUCCCUUCUCUACCCUACCACAUCUCUCCUCUACAGACCACAAAGGUCUUUUUUUGUGAGGAAGAUUAUUUUUCUUCACAUUUCUAAGUGGUCGCUGAAAGGAAUUUCCACUUUAAGAAUUUGCUUUUAUGAAACUGAAAAGGACGCCUUGACUCAACUGACUCCAGCCUUUUGGAAGAUGUGUUUUUCUCAUCUACUUUCUAACUGCUGGGUAUUCUCAUACAUUUGUCACCUUGGAGGAUAAACUAGGACAUGUAAAUUAUUUCCAAAGGACCUUUGCAGGUUGUUUAAAAAAGUUACUUUUUGCGUGUACUACUGAGUUCUUUCUUCAUGAAUCGAAUUGAAACAUAACUGUGAUUGAAGGGGACCUAGCCUAACCUUGACCAUGGAAGAUCAGAAGCUUUUUUUCUUUGCCCACAAAAUGAUUAUAAUUCCAUUAAAUGGAACACAAAUGGGUUGGACUCUUUGCUUUAAGACAUAACAACAUUUGGGACCUUUCUGUUUUUCUCUGCUUCCAUUCCUCACAUUACAAGUUGCCAUAAAACUGAAUGGAACCAAAGGUAUGUGACUGACAUAGUGCAGCUCCACUGCUAUAUCCCAAGAAAAGGCAGCCUCUACACCCACCCCCUUGUUUAAUUUCUAUGUCAAGCAGCUGGCUUAUGUUAAAAUAAAUUCCUCACUUUGCUCUAUAAUCCCUCAUCAGUGUAUAACCAAGGCAAACAUGUAUGGAAACCUCAGGUCCCAAAUGAGCCUUAAAGUCUCAUAAUUACCAUUCAGCUUAUCAUUCAGGAAUUAUUAUUUAUUAUUUUUAUCUUUUAGAUCAUACACAGGAAUCUUAGCUCCAGAUCAUGUCUUUGAAUGUUUAAAACUCAGAAAACUAAAUGCUUUUUGUUGUCUUUAUGUCCUGAUGAGCAUUGUUAGGUGAUGCAGAUUUCUGGCUUUUCUAGCUUAGUUUGUAUCAAAACCAGAACAAUAUCUCACUGUCAGUCGGUCAAUUUGUGUUAAGGAUGGUUGGAAAGAAUAACCUUUUAAUAAAGAUCAUGCCAUUUUCCUCUUUUCUGUCAUCAGUGUUAACGUGUUGCCAAAUCUUUAAAUGAAAGUGUUGCCUUUCAUCCGGCUCAUGCAGUUUUGGGUAAAGCUUUUAAGACGUGUUUAUAUCACUUCUACAUUUCUACUUUUUGUCGUGGAAAUAUUACAUUUGCAUUAAAAUUUCUUCCGUCUAUAUAAAGUUGCUGUUGUU